GACGAAGCUACUGAAGGUGUUGAUCGUGUGUCACGUACGUAAGCCACCAUCGAUGACCAAGCUGAGACACUACUACACCAGCGCGCAAUGAUUUCAAACCUCUACGGGACCGGGUCCGACUCAGAAACAUCAAUUGACAGUCAGUUGCGGAUCGAAUGUUGCUGUUCAAACGAACGAGGUGAGACACCAUGGAUGAUCGACAUAACUCUCACCCAUGCCUAUGCAGCAGUCGAUUUCAACCCAGGGAUAACGAAGCAACAUCGAUUCAUGGUGGGUGUCCAGCGGCUUGUGGACGGAACUUCUGCUGCCGAGCAGGCAUCACUGCUAUCGCAUCGCGAAAAGCUGGCAGAUAGCUCUCUGCUGCAUCAGCCAAGUGAUCUGGAGAUGAUUGAUGAUCCAAAAUCAAACAACAAACGAAAGAAAGUGAUUGAAAUGUUUGGACACGUGAUGGUUGAGAGGUAUAACCAGCCGGAUGGAGGUCCUCGGGACGGUACACGUGCCAGCAGCGGAUACGCCGUAGCGAGGGUGUGGGAGUCCACUUCCGCCUACGUCGCGGCCUUCCGGUUAUAA